GGAGCGUUGCCCUUCAUGGUGAACGCCACAGCAGGGACCACCGUACUAGGGGCCUUCGAUCCGCUGGAGGAGAUAGCUGACAUCUGUGAACGACACAAUCUAUGGAUGCAUGUAGAUGCAUGUUGGGGAGGAGGAGCCCUGAUGUCUAAGAAACACAGAUACCUGCUGCAGGGCAUUCACAGAGCCAACUCAGUAGCAUGGAAUCCUCACAAGAUGCUGAUGGCUGGUCUACAGUGCUGUGCAUUCAUGGUUCGGGACAAAACGAAUCUUCUCCAGCGGUGUCACUCGGCCCAGGCCUCCUACCUCUUCCAGCAGGAUAAGUUCUAUGAUGUCAGCUAUGACACGGGAGACAAGUCCAUUCAGUGCAGCCGCAAGCCCGACGCCUUCAAGUUCUGGCUGAUGUGGAAAGCCAUCGGCACCAAGGGUCUGGAAGAGAGAGUGGACAGAGCCCUCGCUAUGGCCAGAUAUCUGGCAGAGGAGAUCAAGAAGAGAGAUGGAUUCCGUCUUGUGAUGGAGCCGGAGUACACCAACGUCUGUUUCUGGUACAUUCCUCCUAGUCUGAGGGACAUGGCUGACGGACCUGAGUUCUGGAGAAAUGUCCAUGCGGUGGCGCCAGUGGUUAAGGAGCGCAUGAUGAAGAAGGGCUCUAUGAUGGUAGGCUACCAGCCCCAUGGAGACAAGGCUAACUUCUUCAGACAGAUCAUCAUUAGCCCUCAGGUCAGCAGAGAAGACAUGGACUUUCUGCUGGACCAAAUACACAGCCUGGGGAUGGACUUAUGAUCCCACGGGGAAUACCUACAAAAUGGCACCCCGUUCCCUCAAUGAGCCCUGGGCAAAAGUAGUGCACUAUAUACAGGGAAUUUGGGUACCAUUUUGAACAAAACCCAAAUGGUCAUGUUCAGUAGGCACGAAACAGGAGAUCCUGUUUUGAAACUGAGUGAAAAGGAAGUGGUACCCCAAACAUCCUAUAAGAAGUUUCCAAACAUCCUAUAAGAAGUUUCCAAACAUCCUAUAAGAAGGUUCCAAACAUCCUAUAAGACGUUUCCAAACAUCCUAUAAGAAGUUUCCAAACAUCCUAUAAGAAGUUUCCAAACAUCCUAUAAGAAGUUUCCAAACAUCCUAUAAGAAGUUUCCAAACAUCCUAUAAGAAGUUUCCAAACAUCCUAUAAGAAGUUUCCAAACAUCCUAUAAGACGUUUCCAAACAUCCUAUAAGAAGUUUCCAAACAUCCUAUAAGAAGUUUCCAAACAUCCUAUAAGACGUUUCCAAACAUCCUAUAAGAAGUUUCCAAACAUCCUAUAAGAAGUUUCCAAACAUCCUAUAAGAAGUUUCCAAACAUCCUAUAAGAAGUUUCCAAACAUCCUAUAAGAAGUUUCCAAACAUCCUAUAAGAAGUUU